AUGGGGCUGCUGUGGCUUCACCGGAGCGGCUGGUGGUGGCGGUGGAGGACGUUGGCUCGAUAUAAGUUGCCUGUGGUGGUCAUUGUAUUUAACAAUGGUGGUGUAUAUGGCGGUGACCGGAGAAGUUCAGAAGAAAUCACAGGGCCUUACAAGGAUGACCCGGCGCCCACUUCCUUUGUCCCUGGCGCAGCUUAUCACACACUAAUUGAAGCUUUUGGCGGUAAAGGUUACAUUGUCAAGACACCUAAUGAACUCAAAUCCACUCUUGCCGAAUCUUUUUCUGCUCGGAAGCCGGCUGUUAUUAAUGUUAUAAUUGAUCCAUAUGCUGGCGCGGAGAGCGGGAGGCUGCAGCAUAAGAACUGA